AUGUCUUCAGAAACAUUCACUCUGGUUGCACAAUCAAGAUUCGAUUCAAAAUGGUUGAAAACGGACCUACAGCUUGCAUUUACUCGGGAUGGUUUCUGCAGUUUGUGGAACGAGAUGGUGAAAGAUGGGGAGAUCGUUUACAUGGGAGUUGAAAGCACACAGAGUGGAGACCUGCCAUCUAGGAAAGAUGAAAUAAAUGAAAUCCAGAGCAGCUCAAAGAAGGAUGAUCAGAAUGAUAAAGAGAAGAAGGAGGAAGAUGACAUGCCAAUACCAAACUAUAAGGCCAAAACCAUAAUGGACAGCUGGGUGUGGGGCAGACAGCCAGAUGUGAGUGAGCUGAAGGAAUGCCUCCAUGUACUAGUAAAGGAACAGCAAGUGCUUGCGACACAGACUGCGACCACCACACUCUCUGCUAUGAGGCUAAAGCAGAGGCUGGUCAUACUGGAGCGUUAUUUUAUUGCACUAAACAGAACUGUGUUUCAGGAAAAUGUCAAAGUGAAGUGGAAAUGUAGCAUUCUCCCUCCCCCUGCUGCUGAAAAGAAAAGCUCCCGUCCAGUUGGUCAAGGGGUGGAAGGACUUGCCAGAGUGGGCUCGCGAGCAGCACUCUCUUUUGCAUUUGCAUUCCUUCGCAGAGCUUGGAGGUCUGGUGAGGAUGCCGAUCUCUGCAGUGAACUGCUACAAGAGUCUUUGGAUGCACUGCGAGCAUUGCCUGAAGCAACACUGUUUGAUGAAAGCACGGUGUCUUCUGUUUGGCUCGAAGUAGUAGAAAGAGCAACCAAAUUUUUAAGGUCUGUUACUGGUGAUGUACAUGGUGCUCAGAGUCCCAGAGGUGCUGGAAACAUUCCACUACAAGACCAGCACUUAGCGCUUGCCAUUUUACUAGAGCUCGCUGUGCAGAGAGGCACCCUAAGCCAAAUGUUAUCUGCUGUUAUGCUGCUACUUCAGCUCUGGGACAAUGGAACAAGGGAAACUGACAAUGAGAGGUCAGCCCAGGGAACCAGUGCACCUCUUCUUCCUUUAUUACACAGGUUCCAGAGCAUUGUGUGCAAUAAAGAUCUUCAUAACAUGGAAAAAGAGAUUCAGAUGCUACCUUGUCCCCUGAGUCCAAAUGAAAACUUUUUGAGGUAUCUGAUCUUGCCUCAGGACAAUGAACUAGCCAUAGACCUACGACAAACAGCUGUUGUUAUUAUGGCACAUUUAGACCGAUUAGCUACUCCUUGUAUGCCUCCACAGUGCAGUUCUCCAACUUCUCAUAAGGGUUCAUUACAGGAGGUGAUCAGCUGGGGUCUGUUAGGUUGGAAAUAUUAUGCGAAUGUGAGUGGCCCUAUACAAUGUGAAGCUCUUGCUAACCUUGGUGUUACACAGAUUGCUUGUGCAGAGAAGUGCUUUCUUAUACUCUCCAGAAAUGGCAAAGUUUACACUCAAGCUUACAACAAUAAUACACUGGGACCACAGCUUGUGCAGGGUCUUUCUUCCCGGAAUAUUGUGAAGAUUUCUGCUCACUCUGAUGGGCAGCAUUAUUUGGCCUUAUCUGCCACUGGUGAACUCUUUUCUUGGGGAUGUGGUGAUGGUGGUAGACUGGGCCAUGGAGACACUGUUUCAUUAGAUGAACCUAAGCUAAUCUCUACCCUGUGUGGGAAGCAGACUGGAAAACAAAUAGUUCACAUUGCAUGUGGCAGCACUUACAGUGCAGCAAUCACUGCUGAUGGGGAGCUGUACACAUGGGGACGUGGUAACUACGGAAGGCUGGGGCAUGGGUCUAGUGAAGACCAGACUAUACCCAUGUUAGUGACAGGACUCAAGGGAUUAAAGGUUGUCGAUGUGUCCUGUGGAAGUGGAGAUGCACAGACUCUGGCUGUGACAGAAAAUGGUCAAGUCUGGUCUUGGGGUGAUGGAGAUUAUGGAAAAUUAGGCAGAGGAGGAAGCGAUGGCUGCAAAACUCCAAAAUUAAUAGAGAAACUUCAGGACUUGGACAUAGUAAAAGUGCGCUGUGGCAGCCAGUUUUCAAUUGCUAUCACCAAAGAUGGCCAGGUCUAUUCCUGGGGCAAAGGAGACAAUCAGAGGCUUGGCCAUGGAACAGAAGAGCAUGUCCGAUACCCAAAGUUACUGGGUGGCUUACAAGGCAAGAAGGUGGUUGAUGUAGCAGUGGGCUCUACUCACUGUCUGGCGCUAACCGAAUCUGGGGAGGUAUACAGCUGGGGUAGCAAUGAUCAGUGUCAGCACUUUGAUACAUUGCGCAUCGCAAAACCUGAGCCUUCUGCUCUCCCAGGACUGGAUUCUAAACAUAUAGUUGGAAUUGCUUGUGGACCUGCCCAGAGUUUUGCUUGGUCUUCCUGUUCGGAAUGGUCCAUCGGAUUGCGUGUGCCCUUUGUGGUCGAUGUGUGCCCCAUGACAUUUGAACAGCUGGAUUUACUGCUGCGCCAAGUUAGUGAAGGGAUGGAUGGCAGCUCUGACUGGCCACCUCCACAAGAGAAGGAAUGUAUGGCUGUAGCAACACUUAAUCUGCUUCGUUUACAGUUACAUGCUGCCAUAAGCCACCAAGUAGACCCAGAGUGCCUGGGCCUGGGUCUUGGCAGUAUCUUAUUGAACAGUCUGAAGCAGACAGUUGUUACAUUGGCCAGCAAUGCAGGAGUGCUUAACACGGUGCAGUCAGCUGCCCAAGCAGUAUUACAGAGUGGAUGGUCUGUGCUCCUGCCAACAGCUGAGGAGAGAGCCAGGGCCUUGUCAGCCCUUUUGCCAAAUGCGGCUUCUGGAAAUGAAAUGACCAUAAGCCCUGGGCGUCGUUUCAUGAUUGACCUGUUGGUAAGCAGCUUGAUGGCCGAUGGAGGAUUGGAGUGCGCACUGAACACUGCAAUAACCGCAGAGAUUCAGGAUAUUGAAGCAAAGAAAGAAGCCCAGAAAGAAAAGGAAAUAGACGAACAAGAAGCCAAUGUGUCUUCACUGCACAGGACCAGUACACCACUGGAUAAAGACUUGAUAAAUACAGGCAUCUAUGAAUCUGCUGGUAAACAGACCUUGCCCUUGGUGCAGCUCAUACAACAGCUACUGAGGAACAUUGCUUCUCAAACUAUUGCUAAACUCAAAGACAUGGCUCGACGGAUCUCAUCUAGUUUAGAACAAGAACAUUUCAGUAAGGAGAGGUCAGCAUCCAUGGAUCUUCUGCUGCGCUUCCAGCGACUGCUUGUUAGCAAACUCUACCCAGGCAGCUCUAUGGACCAAACUACAAACACUCAUGCUCCUGAACUGUUAGGUGUGGGCUCAUUAUUGAAGAAAUAUAUUGCACUCUUGUGCACACACAUUGGAGACAUCCUUCCUGUCGCAACAAAUAUUGCUUCCACAUCUCAUAGACAUUUUGCAGAAGUGUCCCGUAUUGUGGCAGGAGAUCUUACAGGUGUUCUACUUCCUGAGCUUGUUGUAUCCACAAUAUUGCUGCUUUGUAAGAAUGCAUGGCUCAUGCAGGAAGCCGGUGCUAUUCCUCUUCUGGCCAGUCUUUUGGAACCUCUGGAUCGAUUCAACCACCUUGCCCCAGGCAGAGAAAGAGAUGACAAUGAGGAUUUGGCUUGGCCUGGCAUUAUGGGCUCAUUUUUUGCUGGUCAGAGCUCACGGAAUAAUGAAGAAGUAACCCUGAUACGUAAAGCAGAUUUGGAGAAUCACAAUAAGGAUGGAGGUUUCUGGACUGUAAUAGAUGGGAAAGUGUAUGACAUCGAAGACUUUCAGGCGCAGUCACUUCAUGCUAAUACUAUACUUGCUCACUUUGCUUGUGCGGAUCCUUUGGUUGCUCUUGAGGCUGCCUUGCAGUUUGAUGACACUAGAGAGUCCAUGAAUGCCUACUGCGUGGGUCACUACAUGGAGCCUGAUCAGGAAGUAAUUACAGCCCCAGAUAUCAGCAGCCUGUCUUCUCCGCUCAUUGACACUGAAAGAAACCUGGGUUUGCUGCUUGGUCUUCAUGCAUCUUAUCUUUCAUUAAGUACACCAUUAUCUCCUGUGGAGAUUGAGUGUGCCCGGUGGCUCAAAUCUUCUAUAUUUUCGGGGGGGCUUCAAACUAGUCAGAUUCAUUACAGUUACAAUGAGGAAAAAGAUGAGGACCAUUGCAGCUCCCCAGGAAACACUACACCCAACAAAUCUCGGCUGUAUGCCCAUCGCCUCUCCAUGAGUGAUCAUUCCCAGCCUUUUCUGCAGGCCAUAGCUGACAAUAAUACACAGGACCACAAUGUCAAGGACUUUCUGUGUCAAAUUGAGCGAUAUUGUAAGCAAUGCCAUCUGACCACCCCAAUUACCUUUCCUCCUGAGCAUCCAGUGGAAGAAGUCGGGCGUUUGCUACUCUGUUGUCUGCUGAAACACGAAGAUUUAGGUAAUAUUGCUCUUUCUAUGGUUCAUCAUGGUACUUUGAAUGUGGAUCAGGUCAAACACAAGAUAUUGCCAAAGUCUGUGGUUGAUGUCUGUCGUGUGGUUUACCAAGCCAAGUGCUCGCUUAUAAAGACACAUCAGGAGCAAGGACGUUCCUAUAAGGAAGUAUGCGCCCCUGUCAUAGAGCGCCUCAGAUUUCUCUUCAACGAACUGCGACCUGCUGUCUGCAGUGAUUUGUCUAUUGUAUCCAAGCUAAAGCUACUCAGCUCUGUACCUCGCUGGAGGAGAAUAGUGCAAAGGAUCAUUCGAGAAAAGCGAAAAAAGAAAGUUCCUAAAAAAUCUGAAUCGGCAGAUGUGGAUGACGCCAAAAUUGGUAUUGAUGAAGGUGAACAAGAAGAGCCUUUUGUUGUACCUUCUAGUCCUGUGUCUGUGGAUAAAAGGCCCAUAGCAGUUAAGUCACCUAAAGAUAAAUGGCAGCCCAUCCUCAGCUCUGUAACAGGUGUCCAUAAAUACAAAUGGUUGAAGCAUAAUGUGCAGGGAUCAUAUCCCCAAUCUGCAUUGCUGAACACUAUUGUGGAGUUUGACUGAAGGAGGAGCCAGUGGAUGUAGAGAAAAUGAGGAAGUGUUUGCUGAAGCAGCUGGAGAGAGCUGAGGUUCGUCUAGAAGGAAUAGACACCAUGUUAAAACUGGCUGCAAAAGCCUUUCUUCUUCCAUCUGUGCAGUAUGCAAUGUUUUGUGGUUGGCAGAGGCUAGUCCCAGAGGGUACCAAUCUGAGUGAACCUCUGACAGACUGCCUGAAGGAUGUUGACCUCAUUCCACCUUUUAACCGAAUGUUACUGGAGGUGACAUAUGGCAAACUGUAUGCUUGGGCCAUUCAGAAUAUCAGAAAUAUAUUGCUUGAUGCCACCGGUAGAUUUAAAGAAAUGGGAGUUCAGCCUGUCCCCCUGCAGACAAUCACCAAUGAAAAUCCUUCAGGACCAAGUCUAGGGACCAUACCACAAGCCAGGUUUAUGCUGGUAAUGUUAAACAUGCUGACUCGGCAACAUGGAGCCAAUAGCCUUAAUCUUCUUCUCAACUCUGGCAUGCUGGCCUUGACUCAGACCAUCCUGCGGCUUAUUGGUCCGAGUUCUGACAACAUUGAAGAAGAAUCAAGUACAUGUAUACUGGGAGCAUCUGCCACCGUGUUGGAAGAGUCCAGAAAGGAAACUACACCAGUGCAGCUGCCUGCCUCUGGACCUGAGCUUGCUGCCAUGAUGAAAAUUGGAACCAGGGUGAUGAGAGGAGUUGACUGGAAGUGGGGAGACCAAGAUGGCCCACCACCUGGGCUAGGUCGUGUUAUUGGAGAACUUGGAGAAGAUGGCUGGAUUAGAGUUCAGUGGGAUACAGGAAGCACCAAUUCGUACAGAAUGGGCAAAGAAGGGAAGUAUGAUUUGAAGCUGACCGAACCUCCGCCUGCUACUCAGCCCAUGGCAGAUGACUCUGACACUGAAGAUGAUUCAGAGGGAGAGCAGGCAGACAAGAAUCUCCACCCUACCUCUAUGAUGUUGAUGAGUACUGUAAACCUUCUACAAAACUUGUGUCUCUCAGCUGGGGUCAAUGCUGAGGUUAUGCAAUGUGAAGCAACCAAAACUUUGUGUGGAUUACUGCGCAUGUUGGUGGAAAGUGGCACCAUGGAUAAAACAGCAGCCUGUUCAAAUAAACUAGUCUAUAAAGAGCAACAUAGGAGCUGGUGCACCUUGGGAUUCAUCCGCAGCAUUGCUCUUAUGCCACAGAUGUGCAGUACAUUAAGUAUGCCACAAUGGAUAUCCCUGUUAAUGAAGAUUGUGGAGGGACCAGAAUCCUUCACUGCUGCCACGUUACAAAGACAGAUACUGGCAGUUCGACUGUUGCAGGCCGUCCUCCCUUCCUGGGACAAGAAUGAAAGGUCUGCAGAUAUGAAACUUCUAGUGGAAAAACUCUUUGGGUUUUUGGGUAGCCUGCUGAGCACAUGCUCCUCUGACAUCCCUCUUCUGAGAGAAUCCACAUUGAGGAGGAGGAAAGCAAGGCCGCAAGCCUCCCUUACUGCAACUCACAGCAGUACCCUGGCAGAGGAGAUUGUAGCUCUGCUCCGCACUCUUCAUUCAUUAAAUCAGUGGAAUGGCCUUAUCAACAAAUACAUUAAUGCCCAGCUAAACUCCGUUACCCGUGUUUUUGAGGGCAAACGUAGUGACAUGCAGGCUGUAUUGGAAGAUUACUUCCCUGACUCUGAAAAUCCUGAAGUGGGCAGUUUAAUGGCCGUGUUGGCUGUUAUUGGGGGAAUAGACAGCCGGUUACGUCUUGGGGGCCAGGUGGUACACGAUGAAUUUGGAGAGGGCACGGUAACCAGAAUAACACCAAAAGGAAAAAUCACCGUCCAGUUCCAUGACGUAUGCACUAGCCGUGUUUGUCCCUUAAAUCAGCUUACUCCGCUGCCCGUAGUGCCAUUUUGUGUGAACAACUUGCCUUUCACUGAUUCGAUGCUGUCUGUGUGGGCACAGCUGGUUAACCUGGCAGGAUGCAAGCUAGAAAAGCACAGGCUGAAGAAGUCUCUCAGUCAGGGGCUUGCAGACCAAGUGGAUCUAGACCGCUUGAGGUGUCAACAACUAAAGCUUUACAUACUAAAAGCUGGCUGGGCCCUUCUCUCUCAUCAGGACAGGCUGAGGCAAAUCCUCUCCCAGCCAUCGGUACAGGAGAUUGGAUCAAUUCCAGCAGAAGAAGGUGCUGCUGCCUCUCCUGAUAUUGGGGACAUGUCCCCAGAAGGUCCACAACCAGCAAUGAUACUAUUGCAACAACUCCUGGCUGCCGCUACUCAGCCUUCACCAGUUAAAGCAAUAUUUGACAAGCAAGAGCUGGAGGCAGCAGCGCUGGCUGUCUGUCAGUACCUGGCGGUGGAAUCUACACAUCCAUCAACUCCUCUGUUUGAAGACUUCUGCAGUUCAAGUGAGGUCUCCUCUCCUGUCACAGUGCAGCAGAUUUGCCCAGCUAAAGUCAAGAAGCGCAAACAGUCUCCUAUCCCUCCAGUCCCAAUUGUUGUACAACUGAUGGAGAUGGGUUUUCAGAGAAAAAACAUUGAGUUUGCUCUGAAGUCACUGUCUGGAGCAUCUGGCACUGCUUCUAGUUCACCAGGAGUGGAGGCUUUGGUUGGAUGGCUGCUUGAUCAUCCUGAUGUCCAGGUUACAGAGUUGUCAGAUUUUGAAACUGCUUCUGAAGAGUCUGAUGAAGAGGUUGUGGAGGAAGUGGAAGAAAUUGAAGCUGUGUACCCUGAUUCUAGCGGUGCUGUGGUGACAGAAAGCCAGACCUACAAGAAAAGAGCUGAUUUCUUAAGCAAUGACGAUUAUGCGGUAUAUGUGAGAGAGAACAUACAGGUUGGCAUGAUGGUUCGUUGUUGUCGCACGUAUGAAGAAGUGUGUGAGGGCGAUGUUGGUAAAGUCAUCAAGCUAGACAGAGAUGGACUGCAUGACCUUAAUGUUCAGUGUGAUUGGCAGCAGAAAGGUGGAACCUACUGGGUGCGAUAUAUUCAUGUGGAGCUGUUAGGUUUUCCACCUCAGAGCUCCCAUUCGCACAUUAAAAUCGGUGAUAAAGUCAGAGUGAAGGCAUCAGUUACAACACCCAAAUAUAAGUGGGGAUCAGUUACUCAUAGAAGUGUUGGUGUUGUUAAAGCCUUUAGUGCCAAUGGAAAAGAUGUGAUUGUGGAUUUCCCCCAGCAGUCGCACUGGACAGGAUUGCUGUCAGAGAUGGAAUUGGUCCCCAGCAUACAUCCUGGAGUCACCUGUGAUGGCUGUCAGAUGUUUCCAAUUCAUGGGCCACGAUUUAAAUGUCGCAAUUGUGAUGACUUUGAUUUCUGUGAAACCUGCUUUAAGAAUAGGAAGCACAAUACAAGGCAUACAUUUGGAAGAAUAAAUGAGCCAGGCCAGUCUCCAGUGUUCUGUGGACGUUCAGGAAAGCAACUGAAGCGACGGCACAGUGGCCAGAGGGGCAUGUUGCUAGAUGAUUGGUCCAGGAUUGUGAAAAAUCUAAAUGUUUCCUCUUCUGCAAACCAAGCAUCUCGCCUUAUUGAUGGUAGUGAUCAGUGCUGGCAAUCAUCUGGCUCACAAGGAAAGCACUGGAUACGGUUGGAGAUUUUCCCAGAUGUUCUAGUACACAGAUUGAUGAUGAUUGUCGAUCCUGCAGAUAGCAGUUACAUGCCUUCUCUUGUAGUUGUAUCAGGGGGAAACUCGCUUAAUAACCUCAUAGAAUUAAAGACAAUCAACAUAAACCCUAUAGACAUGAGUGUGUUGCUGCUUAGUGACUGUACAGAGUAUCACAGAUAUAUUGAGAUUGCCAUUAAGCAGUGUCGAAGCUCUGGCAUUGACUGUAAAAUUCAUGAGCUGAGUAUUAUCGGACAGAUCCGAGCUGAAGACGAGGAUCUAGCAACAGUUCCAUUUCUGGCCUCUGAUAACGAGGAAGAGGAUGAUGAUAAAACUAGUACUGGCAGCUUUGUUAGGAAAAAAGUAGCGGCUUCAGAAUCUGCAGCAACAAUCAGAACCAAGGUUUUUGUGUGGGGUUUGAAUGACAAGGAUCAGCUGGGAGGAUUGAAAGGUUCCAAGAUCAAAGUUCCAUCAUUUUCAGAGACUCUUUCGGCUCUCAAUGUUGUACAGGUUGCUGGUGGAUCUAAAAGUCUAUUUGCAGUUACUGCAGAAGGUAAAGUGUAUGCAUGUGGAGAGGCCACCAAUGGAAGACUGGGCUUAGGCAUUUCAAGUGGCACUGUGCCCAUACCUCGACAGAUGACUGCACUCAGCAACUAUGUGGUGAAGAAAGUAGCUGUUCACUCAGGUGGAAGACACGCAAUGGCUUUAACUGUGGAUGGAAAAAUUUUCUCUUGGGGAGAAGGGGAUGAUGGCAAGCUUGGACAUUUCAGUAGGAUGAACUGUGACAAACCUCGUCUGGUGGAAGCACUGAAGAGUAAGCGUAUCAGAGACAUUGCUUGUGGCAGCUCCCAUAGUGCUGCAAUCACAUCUAGUGGGGAGCUGUAUACAUGGGGAUUGGGAGAAUAUGGCCGCCUGGGCCAUGGUGACAACACAACGCAGCUGAAGCCUAAAAUGGUGAAAGUACUGCUUGGUCAUAGGGUCAUACAGGUGGCAUGUGGAAGCAGAGAUGCUCAGACGCUGGCCUUGACAGAUGAAGGACUGGUGUUCUCUUGGGGUGAUGGAGACUUUGGGAAGCUAGGUCGUGGAGGCAGUGAGGGAUGUAAUGUCCCCCAGAAUAUAGAAAGACUGAACGGACAGGGAGUGUGUCAGAUUGAGUGUGGAGCCCAGUUUUCCCUCGCACUGACCAAGUCUGGGGUUGUUUGGACAUGGGGGAAAGGAGACUACUUCAGGUUAGGUCAUGGCACCGAUGUCCAUGUAAGAAAACCUCAAGUUGUGGAAGGGCUCAGAGGAAAGAAGAUUGUUCAUGUAGCUGUUGGAGCUCUCCACUGUCUGGCCGUGACUGACACAGGACAGGUUUAUGCAUGGGGAGACAAUGAUCAUGGGCAGCAGGGAAAUGGAACUACUACCGUUAACCGGAAGCCUACCCUCGUCCAUGGCUUGGAGGGGCAGAAAAUAACAACACGUGUGGCUUGUGGGUCCUCUCACAGCGUAGCUUGGACAACAGUGGAUGUGGCGACACCAUCUGUCCAUGAACCUGUUCUUUUCCAAACUGCCAGGGACCCACUUGGAGCUUCCUAUCUUGGUGUGCCGUCAGAUCCAGAAUCUUCAUCUUCCUCCAGCAAUAAAAUCAGUGGAGUGAAUAACGCUAAACCGAACCGGCCAUCCCUUGCAAAGAUUCUCCUCUCUAUUGACGGCAACCUAGCCAAGCAACAAGCACUCUCUCACGUUCUAACUGCAUUGCAGAUUAUGUACGCUAGGGAUGCUGUGGUUGGAGCUUUAAUGCCAGCCAGUAUGAUUGCUCCAGUCGAGUGCCCAUCCUUGUCCACAACCCCUCCAUCUGAUGUUUCUGGCACAUCUAGUCCUAUAAAUGGAGACGAUGCAGGGCUAGAGUUAGAAGACAGAUUAAGUCCCAGCCCUUGGCAAGACAGACGUGGAGAGGUAGCCCCAGCUGAAGAUGCUGUCACUCCAUCGGCUGUUACUCCUCCUUCAGCUUCUGCUGCCUCCUCUCGACCAUUCAUUCCAGUUACAGAUGAUCCUGGGGCAGCUAGUAUUAUUGCAGAGACAAUGACUAAAACCAAAGAGGAUGUGGAAAGCCAGAACAAAGUUCCAGGCCCUGAACCCCAGUGCUUGGAUGAAUUUACGAGUUUGCUUAUCCCCGAUGACACACGAGUCAUGGUUGACCUUCUUAAACUAGCUGUCUCUAACAGAGCUGGAGAAAAGGGCAAGGAAGUCCUGUCUGCUGUAUUGUCUGGCAUGGGAACUGCCUAUCCACAGGUAGCCGAUAUGUUGCUAGAACUAUGUGUGACAGAAUUGGAAGAUGUGGCCACAGAUUCCCAGAGUGGCCGCUUGUCCUCGCAGCCUGUCAUAGUGGAAAGUAGCCACCCGUAUACUGAUGACACCUCCACCAGUGGUACAGUUAAAAUACCAGGUGCUGAAGGCCUUAGAGUAGAAUUUGAUCGCCAGUGUUCGACAGAGCGCCGCCAUGACCCACUCACCAUAAUGGAUGGGGCCAACAGGAUGGUGUCAGUCAGAUCAGGUCGUGAGUGGUCUGACUGGUCCAGUGAACUUCGAAUUCCAGGAGAUGAACUGAAGUGGAAGUUCAUCAGUGAUGGGUCAGUCAAUGGUUGGGGAUGGCGAUUCACAGUUUAUCCCAUCAUGCCCGCUGCAGGUCCAAAAGAUCUCCUGUCAGAUCGAUGCAUCCUUUCCUGUCCAUCCAUGGAUCUUGUCACUUGUCUUCUGGAUUUCCGGCUAAAUUUUGCAUCCAAUCGUGGAAUUGUUCCUCGUCUGGCUGCAUCCCUUGCAGCGUGUGCCCAGCUCAGUGCACUUGCUGCAGGUCACAGGAUGUGGGCGUUACAGAGGCUAAGAAAGCUUCUUACCACUGAAUUCGGACAGUCUAUUAACAUCAAUAGGCUCUUGGGAGAUGGAGACAGUGAGGCUCGUGCAAUGAGUUUCACUGGCAGUGCGUUAGCUGCUCUUGUGAAGGGUCUGCCAGAAGCUUUACAAAGACAAUUUGAGUAUGAAGAUCCAAUUGUAAGAGGAGGAAAACAAUUACUUCACAGCCCUUUCUUCAAGGUGCUGGUUGCCCUUGCUUGUGACCUAGAGUUGGAUACUCUUCCAUGCUGUGCGGAGACUCACAAGUGGGCAUGGUUCAGAAGAUACUGCAUGGCUUCUAGAGUUGCUGUAGCAUUAGACAAAAGAACACCACUACCUCGACUCUUUUUGGAUGAGGUUGCAAAGAAGAUUCGAGAAUUAAUGGCAGAUAAUGAAAGCAUGAACACCCUUCAUGAGAGUCAUGAGAUAUUCAGGAGGGAACAAGAUGAACAGCUUGUUCAGUGGAUGAACAGACGACCUGAUGAUUGGACUUUGUCGGCUGGUGGAAGCGGAACCAUCUAUGGCUGGGGUCAUAAUCACAGAGGGCAACUUGGAGGAAUUGAAGGAGCUAAAGUGAAGGUGCCAACUCCUUGUGAAGCAUUGGCAACACUCAGACCAAUCCAGCUGAUUGGGGGAGAACAAACAUUGUUUGCUGUCACAGCCGAUGGGAAGCUGUAUGCUACAGGAUAUGGGGCUGGUGGAAGGCUUGGCAUUGGUGGCACAGAGUCUGUGUCCACACCAACUCUUCUGGAAUCCAUUCAGCAUGUAUUUGUGAAAAAGGUGGCAGUAAAUUCUGGUGGCAAACAUUGCCUUGCUCUGUCUUCUGAAGGAGAGGUGUAUUCCUGGGGAGAGGCAGAAGAUGGAAAACUGGGCCAUGGAAACAGAAGCCCAUGUGAUCGUCCUCGUGUAAUCGAAUCUCUUCGAGGCACAGAAGUAAUAGAUAUUGCUGCUGGAGGAGCUCACAGUGCUUGUAUAACUGCAGCUGGAGAACUCUAUACUUGGGGAAAAGGACGGUAUGGGAGGCUGGGUCAUGGUGACAGCGAGGAUCAGCUGAAACCCAAAUUGGUGGAAGCCUUACAGGGAUACCGUGUAAUUGACAUUGCUUGUGGCAGUGGAGAUGCUCAAACCCUCUGUCUCACUGAUGAUGAUACAGUCUGGUCUUGGGGUGAUGGAGACUAUGGAAAGCUUGGAAGGGGUGGCAGUGAUGGCUGUAAAGUUCCCAUGAAGAUUGAUUCACUGACUGGGCUUGGUGUUACCAAAGUUGAAUGUGGCUCUCAGUUCUCUGUGGCGCUAACAAAGUCUGGUGCUGUCUACACCUGGGGAAAAGGAGACUACCAUCGUUUAGGUCAUGGCUCAGAUGAUCAUGUAAGGAGGCCACGCCAAGUUCAGGGUCUUCAGGGGAAGAAAGUUAUUGCAAUUGCCACAGGGUCAUUACACUGUGUGUGCUGCACAGAAGAUGGCGAAGUGUAUACAUGGGGAGAUAAUGAUGAAGGACAGCUAGGUGAUGGAACAACAAAUGCAAUUCAGCGACCUCGCCUUGUGGCUGCCCUUCAGGGCAAAAAAAAAAUAAAUAGAGUAGCUUGUGGCUCUGCUCACACACUGGCCUGGUCCACCAGUAAACCUGCUAAUGCCGGCAAGCUUCCCACACAGGUUCCAAUGGAAUAUAACCAUCUUCAAGAGAUUGCAAUUAUUGGUCUGAGAAAUAGAUUGCUGUUACUCCAUCACAUCUCUGAAUUGUUUUGCCCAUGCAUCCCUAUGUUUUUGAUUUGGAAGGGCGACUGGAAGAGACUGGCCAUGGUCCUUCUGUUGGGUUUGACACUCUCCGUGGAAUUCUUAUAUCGCAAGGAAAGGAGGCUGCAUUCCGGAAAGUUGUUCAGGCAACAAUGGUACGAGACCGCCAGCAUGGUCCAGUGGUUGAAUUAAACCGGAUACAGGUCAAACGCUCAAGGAGUAAAGGAGGUUUGGCAGGACCAGAUGGUACCAAAUCUGUCUUUGGCCAGAUGUGUGCAAAAAUGACUUCCUUUAGUCCUGACAGCCUUCUGCUACCUCAUCGCGUCUGGAAGGUCAAAUUUGUUGGUGAGUCUGUGGAUGAUUGUGGUGGUGGUUACAGUGAAUCCAUUGCAGAAAUGUGUGAAGAACUUCAGAAUGGCCUCACUCCUCUUCUUAUUGUGACACCUAAUGGACGGGAUGAGUCUGGAGCCAAUCGAGACUGCUUCCUAUUAAAUCCAGCAGCCAAGACACCUCUGCACAUGAACAUGUUUAGAUUUUUAGGAGUGCUUCUAGGAAUUGCAAUUCGAACAGGGAGUCCGCUAAGUCUUAAUCUGGCCGAACCAGUGUGGAAGCAGCUAGCAGGCAUGAAUCUGACAAUUGCAGACCUCAGUGAGGUGGAUAAGGAUUUUAUCCCUGGACUGAUGUACAUAAGGGACAAUGAGGCCACCUCCGAGGAGUUCGAAGCUAUGAUUCUCCCCUUUACAGUGCCAAGUGCAAGUGGUCAAGAUAUCCAGCUAAGCUCCAAGCACACUCACAUUACACUUGAGAAUCGAGCAGAAUAUGUGAGACUUGCAAUCAGCUACAGGUUGCAUGAGUUUGAUGAACAGGUUGCAGCAGUCCGUGAAGGGAUGGCACGUGUUGUUCCUGUGCCCCUUCUUUCUCUCUUUACGGGUUAUGAACUUGAAACUAUGGUGUGUGGCAGUCCAGAUAUUCCUCUCCACCUUCUGAAAUCAGUAGCCACAUACAAGGGGAUUGAGCCCACUGCCUCUCUUAUUCAGUGGUUUUGGGAGGUAAUGGAGUCCUUUUCCAAUACAGAGCGCUCCCUGUUUCUUCGCUUUGUUUGGGGUAGGACAAGGCUUCCAAGGACAAUAGCUGACUUUAGAGGUCGAGACUUUGUCAUUCAGGUUUUAGAUAAGUACAAUCCUCCAGAUCAUUUCCUUCCAGAAUCAUACACAUGCUUCUUUCUGCUGAAGCUUCCUAGAUAUUCCUGCAAGCAGGUUCUUGAGGAGAAACUAAAAUAUGCUAUUCACUUCUGCAAAUCCAUAGACACGGACGACUAUGCACGGAUUGCACUAACUGGCGAACCAGCCGCAGAUGACAGCAGUGAUGACUCUGAUAAUGAAGAUGCAGAUUCUUUUGCUUCUGACUCUACGCAGGACUACCUUACAGGUCACUAA